GGUCCUUUUCGAAACUAACGAAAUCCAACGAAUCUUACCCAAAUUUGUGGCUCGAGUCGCAGUCAAAUCGUAGUCUUAGCCGAAAAAAGCACAGAAUCGAGCAGGAAAAUCUGCCAAGCAUAACUCUCGAGCUCUGCUGCCUACCACGCCCCCCGCCUUGGGCCGUGGGUCCCGCCCACACAUGCGAAACAACACGGCCGUUGAUGCUGCGCUCUACGGGAAAUAAGAAGAGGAAGAAAUAGAGUCCCCCCCCACCGUGUAUAUAGUACAUAUUUACCUAUUUACAUAGGUAAAGCGCAUAGAUUUCUUAAUUAAUAUGUUAAUAAUGUGAGCAACCCAAGCCCCAUACAAAAUAAAGAGAGAAAACCCAAUUCAACGAAGCAAACGAAUUUCAAAAUGUCCAAUUCAAGUUCCCAUUCCAAGGUUAUUGUGCAACACCAGCAGCCGCAGCCGCAGCCACAACCAAUGCAACAACAAUAAUCGACGUUAAAUAUAAUUAAUACUAUUAUGCGAGUAACGGCCAAUUAAAACGCUAAGCGGAGUGUGUUCGAGCCCAAAAUCGCGAGCGCCCCUCAACGCAGGUGAUUUGCAUGCUAGCCAGUGUUCAGCUGGAAGGGAACUGGGAACCUGGCUGCUGCGGAUUCAUGCCGCUGGAUGUGGACGCAGGGCAGCAACUGAAGCUGGAGCGGCUCUGGCGGGAUCAGAGGGAUCAGACGGAUCGAGAGAGAGCCGAUCGCCACCCAAGAAUACCGCUCCGCAGCCCACACUACUGAUGAUGAUGGGGCCAUGAGCCCAUCAUUAUUCGCAUUGAAUUGGAGUCGCAAGCGCGUCUCAAGCGGGCCUGCACCAUGCUAGCACCGCCGAACCCGAGGUCAAUAUGCGGCCAGGACCCGGGCUGGUCGUGAUGGCGCUUGCGUUUAUUUCGGGGGCUCGGCGUGGCAGCAGCAGCAGCAUCAGCUCAGCAACAGCAACACCAACAGCGGCAGCAACAUCUGCAGCAGCAGCGGCGGCGGCAGCAGCAGCAUCCGCAGCAUCAACAUCCGCAGCAGCAGCAGCAGCAGCAGCAAACACAGCAGGCGGCCGUAAAAGGGGCAGAAGUGGCGGCGGAGUCGGAGGCGGAGGCGGAGGAGUUGCAACCACGUUACCGUCCACUGGCGAGUCGUCGUCAUCGUCAUCGUUCGUUCGCAGCUCUGGCUCGUACCUGCUGCCCAUCUUCCUGCCCCACCAUCUCGACUUCGCGCUCCAGUUCCACCCACAACUGCCGCCGCGGGAGUACAGCCAGGGCCAGGCCCACUCCGAGUCCUGGGCGUCCUCGAGGGUCGCGGACAGGCUUCAGCAGCGGCGACGACGACGCGAGAGCAGCAGCAGCAGGGAUAUAGCAGGUAGGGCAGGCGGAACAGCCGGAACAGCCAGAACAGCCGGAACAGGCGGAUCGGGAGCGGACCCAGGUCGUCUGGGAGUCACAGCCGGUCACAGCACAGAGUCAAGCGAGGCCAACAACCAGGAGGACGACGAGGAUCGCGGCCUGACAGUGCAGUUCCCCUCGUCGCAGGCCUACGACGAGGACCAGGACAUCUUUGCCCUGGUGGCCGAGGACGACCUGCUGUCCGAGGAGUCCUUCGAUCGCCUGAUCAAGCUCAACGAAGACGCCGACGAGGAGGACUACAAUCUGCAGCAGCAGCCCUUGCCGCAGCACAAGCAGCAGCAACAGCAACCCGGAGCGGAAACGGAAAUAGACACAGAGCCAGAGAGCGAGACGGAAACGGAGACAGAGACGGAGACAGAGACAGAGACGGAGACAGAGAGAGAAGCGGAAUCGGAAUCGGAGAGAGAGACCGAACAGCAGCAGCAGGACGAGAGCCGACUGAUUGAUGAAGGUGUCCUGCAGCACAGCGACCACAGCAACAGCCACUCGAAGGAGUUCGCCAUCAGCUACGAUAACAACAAUAACAAACGGGAGGCCAGCGGCCACAUCCUUGAUGCGCAGACGGCGCAGUUGAUUGGCCACAAGGAUAACACCGUGCCCGCCUUGGGCAGCACCGAGUCGGCAGGAGCCAGCAGCAUCACCACAUCCUUGCCAGCGCCCGUGGAUCUGAAGAAGUCCAUACUCGGGACUGCGACUUCGUUAACACGCCUUAAUCCUUGGAUAUCAGCCUGUGAUCUGGCACAGCCGGGCACAGGAACCGACUUGCAGGGUCAGUGCUCGGCUGGCACACUGCCCAUGGCCUGGGUCGAUGAGGGACCCGGGCCCCCAACCUGCCCGCGAUCCUGCGCCGAGCAGCAGCAACAGAAGCCAGUGGCCUCCAAGGCCAAGCGGAGUGCCACCAGUAACAAUAAAGUCAAGUAUUUCGUAAACUAUAAGACAACCCAGAUGCGUUUGCGCCGCGCUGGGGAUCACACGAUGGACGCCACCGACAGCCAUUCCCCACUGGCCAGCGAGCGGCCUCCGAGCACCACCGACGACCAGCACGUGGACGUGGACGUGGACGUGGACGUGUCCUCCACCACUGAGGAGGCGGAGCCGGAGCCCACGCUGUCCUACAGCCAUCUGCACGCCCAGGAGCCGGUCCUGGCCCACCAGCAGGACCCGCGGGAGCGGGAGCGGGAGCAGGAGCAGCAGGAGCAACAACAGUGCCUUGAAUAUCUGGGCGAUUCCGCCGAGUCGAGUCCGCAGCACCUGUGCGGCCUCCAGUCACCUGGCCACCUGCUGGAGCGGCUGAAGGUCCUGCGGCUGCGCAACUGCUGCGAGAGGAGCGUCUUCAGCUCCCUGCACACGCUGGCCCUCAAUGCCAGCCUCACCGAUCGGCAGGAGUGCGUCCGCGUGCUCAGCGACCUGCUGGACGUAGAUGGACUGGCCAACAGGAUCACCUGCGAGCUGGCCGAGAUCCUGUUCCGCUUCGACUGCCGGCAGGUCUACUCGCUGAUCAACCAGUGCGACGACUGCAAGGAAGCAUACCGUCGCUGGGUCUGCAGUACACUAGUGCCAUAUUUCGCCGAGCCAAAGGACGUGUCUCCGCAGCCGAAGGACGAGGGGCAGGGGCAGGGCAAGCGCUCGGCGAGAAGUGCAGCGAGUGCGGAGGCUAUGGCGAUGGCGAUGGCGGACGGAAUCAAGCAUAAAUCUCUGAAAUUAAUCAGCAAUAACAAUAAAUCAAAUAACGGCAAUAACAUGAACGAGCGUCAGAUUAAUCAGAAGCAUGACAAGAGCUCCAAUGCGAAGGCGAACGCGAACGCGAACUCGAACUCGAACGCCAGCAAGGACAUUGACCGCAGCGAGGAGGAGGCGAUUGACAGGGACCUGGCCCAGACAUUCUACGAUGUUGUUGGCCUGUCUAAGCCCCGGCGCGGCGAGGAGGAGCUCGUGCCGGAGGAAGAGGCUGGAUUAGGACGCAGUGCGGACUCCGAGGGGGAUAAGGGUGCGCAGGCGGAGAGGAACGGAAAUAGGAGCAGGGAGACGGAGACGGAGCUGGAUACGGAGGCCGAGGCCGAGGCCGAACAACAAUCCAAUAAUUUCAUAUCGACUGCCAAUAAUUCGGAUCCCAGAGCUACGGAUCCAGUGAUAUCAAAACUACAGAAGAGAUCAACACGCAAGACAGAGUUCCGUAAGCGUCGUCGUAUCCGGCCGUGCCUGAGCGUCUGCCAAACCGUGGAACAAAAGUGCCCCUACCUGCUGCCCGCCGAUCGCGCCCCUGCGCUGCCCACCCAAUAUGCCGGCGAGCCGACAUUUCUCUGCCUAGAUCAAAACAUACCCGAGACAGGGGCGCAGCUGGAGAAGUCGAGCUACGGCCCCAACGAUUGCUGCUACAGCUACUGCAACGGACCGGCCUCCGGCAUCUGCACCGUUUGCCAGGACUUCAGCCAGCCCCGGGCGGAGGAGGGCGAGGUCGCGGGCAACUCCACCCGCCGUGUGCACAACAUCACGCUCUCGCUGAGCUCACAUCCCGGCGAGCACGCCCGCGCCAAGAGUGUGGCCCUGGCCCUGCGGAACGUCAGCCAGACCGGAAGCGAUCCGGACGCAGUGGACACGCUGCUGGACCGCCUGCCGUACUACGCCAGCCACGACGGGAUCUUCUACUACGACGAGGAGGGCGAGAUGCCGCACGCCUCGCUCUCCGGCGACUGUGCCGUAGUGCCCGCCGCGACCACGCGCUGCACCAUUCCGUACUACGCCUCCGGGACGGGUGCGGUGGCCAAGCCGCCAACGCAGCUGCUGGUCUGGCUGAGCGCCCUGCUCGGCCUGCUCAGCAGCUGUGGAGCGGCGCGUCAGCGGUGGAGCUGCCAGUGGAGCGGUGGCUGCGGCGCACACCGGGGUCGCAGUCGCCAGGCGGUCGCCUGCGAGGCCAGCUGCCACGAGCAGGAGCUGGUGAAGAGCAGGAGCUGCAGCCAGAGGACCCAGAAGGUGCGCAGGGAGACGCCUGCUCGGGCUCAGGACGCCGAGCUGGUGGCCUUCAGGACGUGGCUGUGGUCCAGCUCCUGGCACGCCUACCAGCUGACCUGCAGCAAAGUACGAUACUUCAGUAGCCGGAGUAGGUUCAAAGGCGACACGAGGCCCGCUCGCUCGACAAACUCCAAGGACCCGCGCUCGUUCGGAGGCGGGAGUGGUGGGCUGCGGUGGAGUCGGGGCGCAGGAUGCACUAGGACUAGGAACUACCGCUUCUUCUACUACUACAACUACAACAUCAACGACUGGUGGCGGAGAUGGUGGCGCUGCCUGAGCAGCGGGGCCUUAUAGUGCCUGCGAAGGAUCAGGAUGACGACGCCCACGACGACUCCCUCUCCCGCUCCCUUUCCCUCUCCAGCGCAGAGGCGAUACCAAGCACUAGUAAUAGCCAAAUCAGAACCGAUGCAUAGUAGAUGUGGCAAUGGUCCGAGGAAGAGACACAAUGACACAGAACACACCCAAAUCCAUGGAAUACGAAUUAAACGAAACGGAAAACAGAAACCACUUAAAUAUUUACGGUCCUCUUUCAAACGAAAUAAAAACAAGCAUGAAUUAAUUAUAAAUCUCUAUUGAAACAAAACCAAAAUAGCAUAUUUUAUUACAACUAGAACAAAGAAUAUGAAUAUUUAAUUAAACAAAAAGCAACUGCCACAAGAAUAGGUUUUUUAGAUAAACGAUAACGGAAGUAUAAAACAAAAAAAAAACAAAACAAAACAAAACAAAAAAACAAUUUAAAAAGCAUACAACUAAAACAUAAAAGGAAUACCGACGGAAAAUAUAAAUAGUUAUUAAUUUAAUUGCUGGCGAACAUAAAUACGAACAGUUUAGGUUAGCUAUAAAACAAAAAAGACGAAAGGAAAAAUCCAAAUUUACUAGACUACAAAUUUGAGAGCGGCAAGGCGAUUAGAGGAAAAUGUUCAACACACAAUUUCAUUCAAACAACAACAACGUACGAGUAUAGGCCGCGUAUCAACCACCUUUCAAAGAAAAGCGAAACGUGAACUUUACUUAAAUUAGUUUACAUAUGCGUAUGUGUAUGUGUAUGGAGAGUACUAUAGUCAAGGUGGGAGCGAUUUAACUAACAAUUAAAACAAUUAACGGGAAGAAAACAAAAAGAAGCCGCAAAAGUGUCUAAAAUGUCUUUAUUUAGUAUACAAAUAAGAGGAAGUAAACGUUUGUAUAACCCAAUAAAGCAAAAGAGCCAAAAUGGAAAAGGAAGAGUAUGUAAAACGCACAGUAACACGUAUCUUUAAGAUUCAUCGACCGACAUGGCGAGGGACUCUGGCCGAGAUUCGGAUUCGGGUAGCAACUUCCGUUGCAUUCCCGGCACAUAGAACCAUGCGCCCCAUAGGACAUAUGAGUCGCAUAUAUGUAUGUACGUUAGUUAUAGUCAAAAUGUGCAACGUAAGCCGCAAAUUAAGGUAGAGAGGCGUGGUCAGAAGAGCAACAAUAUACCUACUAUAUACAUACUAACAAUGAAUAAUAAUACUUUUUGUAAUAAAGUGAAC